AUGCAGUCGGCGCCCGCCUGGCCCCCGCCGCCCGCCUCCCUGCGGCCCUCCGCCUUCCCGCACCCCGCGCUGCACGCCCUCCACCGCCUGGCCCGAGCCCUGCUCUUCCCGGCCUACUGGGCCCUGGACCGGCUGCUGGGCUGCUGCGCGCCCGGGGCGCGUCCGAGCGGCCUGGCGGGGCUGAGGGCGGCGGCGGGCGCGGCGGCGGCGCUGCUGCUGCUGCUCCUGGCCGGCCUCCCCCUGGCCCUGCCCGCGCUGCCGCUGUGGCUGCUCCUGCAGGCCUGGCGCCGCCCCUUCUGCUACGCGCCCCCUCCGCCGUGCUGGGCGCCCCCCGCGCCCUGGCGCCCCCCGGCCCAGCCCGUGCGCCGCUUUGGCUUCCUCAGCGCCAACGUGUGCCUGCUGCCCGACGGGCUAGCGCGCUUCAGCAAUCUGAGCCACAGCCAGCGGCGGGCCGAGGAGGUGGGCGCCCUGCUGCUCGCCGCCCUGCGGCCCUCGCGCUACGGGACCACGGGCUGCGGUCCGCCCGGGCCGGGGGCGCCUGCUGGGGCGCUGACAGCCGCGCUGCCGGCGGGCCUGGACUUCGUGUGCUUGCAGGAGGUGUUCGACCCGCGCGCGGCGCACCGCCUGGUCAGCCGCCUGGCGCCCAGCCUGGGCCCGGUGCUGUACGACGUGGGCUCCCUCGGCCUGCAGCGCGGGCCGCACCUCAAGCUGCUCGGCAGCGGGCUGCUGCUGGCCUCGCGCUACCCGCUGCUGCGCGCCGCCUUCCGGUCUUUCCCCCACGCACGUCGCGAGGACGCGCUGGCCUCCAAGGGUCUGCUCUCCGCACAGGCGCAGGUGGGCAUCCUGGACGGGCGCCGCGUCGUGGGCUUCCUGCACUGCACGCACUUGCAUGCGCCAAGUGAGGACGGGCCCUUGCGCUGCAAGCAGCUGACCCUUCUGCUGGACUGGAUCGAGCGCUUCGAAGCCGAGAGCCGCCAAAGCGGCGAGGCCGUGGCCUUCAGCGUGCUUCUGGGUGACCUGAACUUCGACAACUGCUCUUUAGACCACGCGCAGGAGCAGGAGCACCAGCUCUUCGACCACUUCCGGGACCCCUGCCGGCUGGGCACUCGCCGGGAGCAGCCCUGGGCCCUGGGCACGAUCCUGAACACCUCCACUCUCCACCACACGGUGGUCUGCUCCCCAGAGAUGCUGCGGAGGGCCCUGGAGCAGGAGAAGGGGCGCCACCGCUACCUGGCUGGCCCUGCCCGCGGAGGCCCCCGGCCUAAGCCCUGGCGGGGCCGGCGCCUCGACUAUGUCCUGUACCGGGGAGUGGCCGGAGCCCCACUGAGCCCAGACGUGGAGCAGGUGACCUUCAGCACCGCCCUGGCAGGGCUCACAGACCACUUGGCCGUGGGACUUCAGCUCCGAGUGUCCGCGCUGCCCUGACACAUGCACGCAGGCGAUGGUGGCGAGGCCGGGUGGACAGACAGACACGGACGCACAGCGUGAGCCUGGCCGGCUGCCGCGGGGCCACAGGGCCUGGAGAUCUUUAUUGUAGGGCCGCCCUCACACGGCCUCCUGGGCCCUGCGGUACUCGUAGACGCUGCCCCGCUCAAGGAAGGCGGGGAUGUGCUGGGGCGACCCCGAUGGUGGCACGGGGUCCUCUGGGUCCCCGUAGCCCCCCCCACCGGGGGUGUGGAGGCAGAACACGUCCUGCGGAACAGAGGGGCAGCUGGGCCUGGGCAUCCCUCUCCCUCCCUCCCCUGCAGUCCCCCCACCCUCCGGGUGGUGCAUGCGCAACGGCAGGUCUGGCCCACCGAUGCUCCUGCGCGCCCUCCCCUUCAGAAACCAAAUUAAAGUGUCUCGGGUUCUUUGCAACUGCA